UGAGCGACCCAUGGAUGGGAACAAGGCAGCAGGGAAAAGUCCCCAAUUAAGCAAGAGGAGAUGACUGUUCCAUCAGCGUUCCAAAAGCACAAACGCGGGGACUUAUUUGGGGGAAAAGUUGUUUUGCAAGAUUUCAAAGUGCCUGAUACACAUCUGGGAAGUCUCCGCUAUUCAAGAUCCAGUGCUAUUUCACACAAGGCUUGAGAUUUUUUUUUCACUCUCUCUCUCUUUCGCUGAGAGGGAGGGGAAGGAGUGAGAGGAAAAGAGGGAAGUCAAACAACUGGCAGCAUACUUUGCAGUUGCUAUCAAUACUGAGUCAUUCUUAACAAGUUCCAACCAUUAGGACCAAAUGCAUCUACAUAAAUACGGAGCAGGCUAAUGCCAGGACUCAGUAAGGGCGUCGCACAGCACUGUUACGAAAAAAACAAACAAAUGGGGUCUUCUUGGAUCAAGCACCUUACACAGGAGUUCACAGUGGAAAAAUGUUCUCUGAAGCCCAGAGAGCCACACUUAAUUCUACAGUCACAGUGGAGGCUACACCCGGUCAUCUGGUUGAUGUAUCGCAUCUUGCUGGCCGCCUACACCCUGAUCUGGUGCAUCUGCAGUGGUGUUCAGACCAACCACCUCAAAUGGUUCAUCUUCCUCACCCACCUGACUUACAUCUUGCUCACCGCUUAUUUCAACUUAGCGUUGGUCAAUUUUAUUUGCUACGUGGCAUUCAGCCAAAAGAAGGAAGCACAGAUCACCAAGGAAGCAUCGUUAGCAGAGAUCUCGCUCUCCGGCCCAUCUGCAGACGUGGAACUGGAGGGUGGGAGCCCCAGUGUGAUGGUGAGGAAGGUUCAGCUUACAGCUCCGUCAGUGUUGUUGCCCAGCAUCAUUGUGCAGUGGGCUCUGCAGAACCUAACCUGCGUCAUCAGCCUUUAUGUCACCAUUGCGUUCUGGAGCUUGAACUACACACCGGGUAAGACGGGGCCCGACGGCGUUAACAUCAACAUGCACGCGAUGAACUCGGUGCUGGUGCUGCUGGAGCUGGGCAUGACUGCCGCACCCAUUCACCUGGCCCACUUCACUGGCGUCCUCCUCUACAGCAUGAGCUACAUCCUCUUCACCCUGGUCUACUGGGCGAUGGGAGGCACCAACAUCAAAGGGCAGACCUUCAUCUACAGGUCACUGGACUACAGCGGUAACCCUGGCGUUACCGCCGGGACCAUCGUUGGGACCAUCUGCCUCAUCAUGCCUCUCCUCCAGUUCUUGGUGUGGAAUCUCCAUAUCCUAAAGCGCCACAUGUACCUCAGGAUGGGAGCCGAGGAUGGCGACGUGCCGCAAUGUUAGGCUGGCUGUAGGUUGGCCUCCUCUCCAAACCUGCAACGUUGGGACCAAACCCAAAAUGGGAAGAGCUAGGACCAUUACCAAGCAUCAAAGUGUGGAGACACGAGGAACUGCAGAUGCUGGAACCGUAAACAAAACACAAAAUCCUGGCAGCAUCUGGGUAGGGAAUGUACGGACGCUGUUUCUGGUUAGGACCCUUCUUCAGGCUGAUUCAACGUGCAGAAUAAAGCUUCAACCUUACUCUUUUUGGAGCACCCUCUUUUAUUCAACAUCAUUAGGUUACCUGCUUUGCAACAGUGUCUUCCCUUAACUGAGCAUGGUCAAAAAAGACUGACCAAAAAAAAAAGACACAGGUGGGACUAGUGUAGAUGGGGAACGACACAAAGUGCCGGAGUAACUCAGCGGAUCAGGCAGCACCCUGGAAGACAUGGAUAGGUGACGUCUUGGGUCAAGACCCUUCUUCAUAUUGAUUGUACUAGGUGGGGGGGUGGGGGGAGAUGGAGGGGGGUAGUUGAGAACAGAGAUGGGACAGGACAAAUCCUGGCAAACGUUAGGUAGUACCAUUGAUAGGUAAAAUCUGAUGGAGUAACUCAGCAGGUGAGGCAGCAUCCCUGGAUAAAAGGAAUAAAUUACCUUUCGGAUCGGAGUUCAUCAGACUGAGAAUAAGGAAGAAGGGAACUAGAGGUAUGAAAAGGCACGGAACAAAUCAGAGCCUAUACCGAUGACCAAGGAAAGGUGGAGCCCACAAUGGUCCGUUAUUGGCUGUGGAAGAGGUGGUAACCAUUGAACCAUUAAUGUUUGUGGGUUAAUUGGUUUCUGCAAGUUGUAAACUUGUCCCUAGUGUGUGGGAUCGUGCUAGUGUACAAGGUGAUUGCUGGUCGGACGGACUCUAUGGGCCGAAUGGCCUGUUUCCGCACUGUAUCUCUAAAGUCUAAAGGAAGAUAUAGGUGAGGAAGGGUUUUAUUGGCAGAUGGGUGGACAAUGGCCAGAGAUGAAAAGUGGCCAAAAGGCUAUCUAUUGGAGAGUGACGGUUCAGUUUGUACGGCGAGGCCCACAUAGUUCAAAGGCAAGAACAAGUAGGCAGCACACUGACUACUGGACGAGUUGCUGCCUUACAGCGCCAGAGACCCGCGUUCGAUCCUGACUACAGGUAAUAUCUGUAUGGAGUUUGUACCUUCUCUCUGUGACCGCAUGAGUUUUCUCCAGCAGCUCAUGUUUCCGCCCACAGUCCACAAAUUACUGGUUUGUAAGUUAAUUGGCUGCUGUAAAAUUGUAAAUCGCAUAUCUUUGGAUUGUGGGGGGAAACCGGAGCACCCGGAAAAAACCCCAUGAGGCCACAGUACAAACUCCGUACAGACAGCACCCGGAGUCAGGUUCGAACCCGGGUCUCUGGCGUUGUAGGUCAGCAACUCUACCGCUGUGCGACUGUGCCACCCCCCCGAAAAAAUGUUAAUUAAUGCUAUGGAGUGGGAUGACUGCCAAGAUAUAAUCGCCCAUCAAGAUCGACACAUGGUUGUAUAUUGGAAGAAGAUGUUGGUUAAGUCCUCUCUUACCUCACACACCGCCAGAAAUGUUACCAAGGAGUUUGGUCAAAAGCAGAGACGUUCCCAUGACAAUCAGAAGAUACAUUAGCCGCAGACUGCCUCGGCCAAUGCAAGCUAAUCUCACCCCGGGAACACACUACAUCUAAAUUACACGGGACGCUGCCAGCUCGGGAGGUCUGUGGGUUGGCAGGCAAAUAUGUAAGGGGAAGCAAAAUUAUUUCCAAAGGAAAAAAAUAUACAAAAAUUGUGGACUUUCCUUCAAAAGGUUUACCAUAGCUUCGAAGAAGGGAACUCCCUCUGGUAUUAUGCUGCUCUCUACAAACAGAAAUGAGCCAUGCACCCACUCGAUCCAGCUUUAAUAUCCCAUAGGACCAUAUUCAUAAGAUACCAACAGCAAGAAAUGAUAUGGGUACUGGCAGUGUUUUGUCUACACAAAAACACUGCAUACUUAUACAUAACCACAAAGUGCUGGAAUAACUCAGCAGGUCAGGCAGCAUCUCUGGAGAAACAGGAUGGGUGACUUUUUGGGUUGGGGCCAUUCUUCAGACUGAAAGUAGAGGGGAGGGAACUGGUGGUAAGAAAAAGGCCAGAGCAAAGCAGGGCUGGCAACAGAUGACCAAGGAAGGGUGGGGCCCAUAAUGGCCCAUUGUUGGCUGGGGAAGAGGGGAUAAUGGUGAGAUACAUGGCUUGCAGACAGUGGAACUAGUAAGAUGAUUAGGGUGGGGGAGGAGAGGGAACGCAAGCGUUAAUAGCAAUUAGAGAAAUCAAAAUUCAUACCAUUGGGUUGUAAGCUGCCCCAGCAAAAUAUGGAGGUGCUGUUCCUUCAACCUGCAUCCAAGAAGAAUCUCGACCCCAAUACGUCACCCAUCCUUUUUCUCCAGAGGUGCUGCCUGGCCCGUUGAGUGACUCCAGCACUUUAUGUCUAUCUUCGGUAUAUACCAGCAUCUGCAGUUCCUUUCUGCACACUGCAAACAUGUACCUAGUUCAACUAUCUUUUUGUACAUACAAUAGCGUGUUCACAUAUUCAGCCAUGGUAACUCUCAAGUAUGUCAAAUGUCUGUACAGAAUCAAUGUAAAUUGUAAAGUAUAUUAUCUUAACUGAAUCCAGGUUAUGUGCUUCCUAAUAAGUAUAACAUCCUCCAGUUGAUAUGUUUUGUGAAGUAUAGCAAGAGUUGGUUCACUAGGAACCCAGAAUACACUGUGUAUUGUGCUUAUGAUUGGCCACUCUCAUGCCCUUCACAGAGAUGAUCAGUCGAUGAAACUAAACGAGGAAAGAGAGACCAACAAAAUUCCAUGAAGGGGGGGGGGACAAGCACAGUGUAACUUAUUGGGGCAAAUCCUCCAAAAUUAUGGAAGAACUCGGAUAAUGACAUGGAUAUUUUAAAAAGACAGGUUUGCUGGCUGCAACGGAAAAAACCCCAAUCCACAGAAAGAAGUGGUUUCAAGUUUCAAACCUCUCUGGCCUGUGGACUUGGGCAUCACACAACUGUGCGAAUGGUGUGGACAGGAAAGGCUGAGACGGAGAUAACGGGAUUAUCUUGGAUACACAAAGGAAGGAACCAAGCCUCAGCAGACGGUGGUAAACAGGCCAGCACAAGCACAAUCACCAUCUUGGAUGACCCAUCCAUCCAGGCGAUGGGAUAACGAUCAGGCUGAGGGAUCAUGACAUCAGCAAACCCCUUAUCAUCGGAAGCCUAUUGUUCAUGCCAGAUCGAAACUGGGAAUCAUCAAAAGAACCCUUUUAUCCAGAGGACUACCUGGGGGUUUCAAAGGAAGCUCAGGUAUAAAAACAGGAGUCAAGCCAGAACUCUCUCUCUCUUUCUGCUCUGCUGGACGGCUCGUGAGCCCAACUGUAAGUAUCCCGGUGACCUGGUGAAGUUCCCGAAAUAGGAUAGUUGAGAGACAAAAGGGAAAAGGGGGGUAAAAUUGUGUAAAGCAAGUUUUACGACGUGCCCGAUAGUUUUCCGUCCAUAGUCUUAGUUUAAAGCAUAAGUUUAGUCACGUAUUAUGUAGUGUUGGUGAGAUUCGACUUCUCAUUGUUUAAUAAAGCCUGUACAUUUUA